AUGUUCCGAGCCACCAGGGAUCAUGGGCGGCCAUCUUUAAGCCAGGAAGCCCGCGAAUCCGGAGCAGACUCAGACGACAGCGAGGCUCCAGACAGAGAAACAACCACUUACCCAGGUACACAAGAACCUUUAACCAAAACUGACCUUCACCAGAUGUUGCUGGCCGCCUCAGCGGACAUCAAGGCACACACGGCCGCAGAACUGGAGCGGCACAUAUCAGGCCUCAAAGGUGAAAUCGAGACCCUGAACAACCGCACAUCACAAUAA